AAGGGGAUGGAACGGAGGGAAUGUUAAGAAAUAUUUUGGCUGUAUACCAGUAAGGAUGAAGAGCUUCACUUCCCUCUUGCUGUGGGCCGCCAUCGCCUUCGCUGCCUGGCAAGACAACCACAGGCCUAAGAUGUUUGUCCAGCUAGGUGCAGAAGAUGUUGAUAGAUUUACAGGGAAUACCACAAAUAUAGACUUCUUCCGGCUUGUUUUAAAGGACGGAAAUUACAUUCUUAUUGGAGCAAGGAAUAUAGUAUACAAUAUCAGUAUCGCUGAUUUUAGUGAAGCUCAGAAGCUGCAGUGGUAUUCACCAGAUGAUGUUGUGAAAAUGUGUCUUGUAAAAGGAAAAGAUGAGGAAAACUGCCAAAAUUAUAUUCGCAUUAUUGCUAGAAAUGAGCAAGGUAACCUAAUUCUUUGCGGUACUAAUUCAUUUAAACCAGUUUGCAGAGAAUAUGGAAUCACGGCUGGAUCUUAUACAUUUAUAAGAGAAAAGCCUGGUCAAGCUGUAUGCCCUUAUGACCCUUUACAUAACAGCACUGCUGUUUAUGUUGAUGGUGAUUUGUAUACUGGAACAGUUGCAGACUUUUCAGGAAUGGAUCCUAUCAUUUAUAGAGAGCCUCUUCAAACAGAGCAAUAUGAUUCAAUGAGUUUAAACGCACCCAACUUUGUCAACUCAAUGACUCAGGGAGAUUUUGUUUAUUUUUUUUUCCGAGAAACUGCUGUGGAAUACAUUAAUUGUGGGAAGGCUGUUUUUUCAAGAGUUGCUCGUGUAUGUAAAUAUGACAGAGGUGGACCCCAUAGAUUUAGAAAUAGAUGGACCUCAUUUCUUAAAUCAAGACUCAAUUGCUCAGUUCAAGGAGAUUUUCCAUUCUACUUCAAUGAAAUACAAUCAACAACUGAAUUAGUAGAAGGAACAUAUGGUUCCCUUACUACACAUUUGCUCUAUGCUGUAUUUACGACCCCUGUUAAUAGUAUUGGAGGAUCUGCUGUUUGUGCCUUUCAGCUUCAAGAUAUAACAGAUACUUUUGAGGGAAAUUUCAAAGAACAGUCAGAACUAAAUUCUAAUUGGCUACCAGUGCAGAGUGUUAAGGUUCCAGAUCCACGUCCAGGGCAGUGUGUUAAUGAUUCACGUACACUUCCUGAUUUAACUCUCAAUUUCAUAAAAACUCAUGCAUUAAUGGAUGAAUCUGUACCAUCAUUCUUUCGGCAACCAAUUUUAGUGCGCACUAAUUUCCAUUAUCGUUUCACACAAAUAGCUGUUGAUCCACAGAUAAAAACCCCUGGUGGAAAAUCGUAUGAUGUUCUAUUUAUAGGAACAGAUAAUGGUAAGGUUUUAAAAACUGUGAAUGCUGAAUCAGCUCAUUCCAUUCAGCGUGUUACACCAGUGGUUAUUGAAGAACUUCAAGUUUUUCCACAGAAUGUUAGUGUAAGAAACUUGCAGAUUGUACGAACUGAUGCUCAUCCUGAAGGACGCCUUAUAGUUGUAUCUGAUUUUGAAGUACUAUCAUUGAGAUUACAUCGAUGUGACAAAGUUAAUUCAGGUUGCAGUGAAUGUGUUGCUCUUCAAGAUCCAUAUUGUGCUUGGAAUACUUUAAGUGGCAAAUGUAAAUCUGUUGGAGCAACUCGUUGGAAUGAUGACAAGAUUUUCAUUCAAAAUAUACAACAUGGUGUUCAUACUUCCUGUCCUUCAACUGGAAGAAAAAUAGAUGCAAGCAGUGUGGGUUAUUCCGCAUCUCUCCCAAAACCUGAUAUUGCUGGAGGUAAGCAUAAUGGGGAUGGAGAAGUUAUUACAAUUACUCAUGAGGAUGGAAACAACUUUAUUGUACCUGAAGUAAGUGCUGCAGAUAGUUCAGCACUUCACUACACUGUUGAAACUAUGGCUAUGUCUGUUGUGGCUGCUUCACUGGCUGCUCUGCUAGUAGGAUUUGUUUCUGGUUACCUUUGUGGCCGCAAAUGUCAUAAGGAUGAAGAUGAUAAUUUACCAUAUCCUGACACUGAAUAUGAAUACUUUGAACAAAGACAAAAUGUUAAUUUGAGAAUGCCUGCUGAACCUAAAUUGUUACCACAAGAAGAAGUCACUUAUGCAGAACCAGUUCUAGUACCUCCAAAUAAGACUAUGAAUUCACCAAAAGCAACACUCAGAAAAAAUGAAAACCUGUUUCAGUUUAGUGAAAAUUACAAUCCCCCUUAUGCAAGACCAAAUCGAGAUCAUUUUGGCACAUUAAGAUCUCAGAGGGAUGCUUCAAAGACUGACUGUGCGGGUAUGGGAUAUCGUGAUGGUUUUGGGACUACUCGAUCUGUAAAGAAAGUUUACCUCUGAGAGACAGGUGGGGAGGGUGGUCGAAGCUUGCCAGGGCGCGCCAGAAGGCAUCCCCUGGCCAGCUCCCCUCCCUCCAGUUCUUCCCCAUCUCCUCCUUCCUCUAGCCCCUCCCCACCAGACACUCCACCACAGCCAUGCAGCUAUAUAUACAGAGCGUGAAUCCUGGACCAGUUGCCAAGUGCCAAAUUUUGUUGUUAAUAAACAUUGGCUUACAAAUGUUUACAUGAUAGGAUAUUUUAAUGAGGUUGGACUUAGCCUUUAUUAUAAUGCUACUCAAAUAACUUGAAUAAUUGAAUAGAAAAAUAAAUUACUAAUUUGAAAGGAGGAUUUAAUCUUUCAUGUUUUCAUUGAUCGCUUGAUAAAUAUUCAAUUUUACUCUGAAUCUUCUUUUAAAUUGUAGUUGUUUGGUAGUUCAUCCAACAUACUAAAGAUCAGUCAUGGAAGAAAUUAAUAUUUGUAAGUCUCUGUGUAUUAAGCAGCACUGUCUUUAGGAAGACUUAGUUUUCAGCUGACUGCAAAUAGUAACUCGCAGUUGCCUUCUUGUUGAAUUUGACAGUUAGUUUGUAACUAGAUGUGUGGUUAGCCUGUUCAGGCAUUGUUGAUUUCUCUCUUUUGCGAUUUAAUAAUUUUGGAUUAUUCCAUAAACAUACAACAAGAAAAGGUAUAAAAUAAAUAUGUUCAACAUAAAAUCAAUACUGUGAUCAUACAUAUUUUAUUUCCUAUUGGUUAGAAAUAAUUGCAUUGCAUGUAAUAGAACAAAUAUUUUACUUGUGCCUUUUUGUGGAAGUUCUAUGUAUAAAAAUUAAACAUUUAUAUGUAUAGGUGUGUAAAACUAUUAAAUAUAUUUAUUACCCCCCCCUUGUAAGAAUAUUAAAUGUAUAACGAUAUUUGAAAUGUAAAUUGAUUUCCAAAGAACAGAUUUUUAUCAGGCCACAUUAAAAAUAAAUUAAAAUUACAACAAAAAAAAUAUGGUUAGGUUAAAGUAGGGUCAGAAUCCAAUGUCCAUUAGCAAUCAACUAGUAAUUAAAUCAGGAAAAUAAAGAUCAAUUAUAGAUAUUUGUUGAAGUUGUAAGGGGUUGCACAUUUUUAACUUUAGUAUAUUUUAUUUUAACAUAUCCUAUUUUGAUUUUAUCGCAGAAUAACUUUAAAAUAUACCUCCAAGUGAAAUGUAGGACUACUGCAACAAGGCAAUCGUUUGAUGAAGUUUUGUUAAUUUAUUAUUUUCACACAACUAUGGACCGAAAUCUAUUAAAAAUUCUGUAGUGAUAAUAAUAAAUGUAACAUUAGUCGAUAUUUUGAUUACAUUUUUUUCUCUGUACAUAUAUAUUUAUUCAAAAGUAGAAACAUUUAUUUAGAUUCUAAUAUUUAACUUUUGAAUGGCAUUGAUCUAAGGCAUUUUUUCAUGUAGGUGGUAAUAAACUAGUGCAUAAAUAUCACUCCAAAGAUUUCCAAUUGUUACAUUAUAAUUAUGAACAUUGACUAUGUAAAUAGAUCUUUAAACAGAAAAAUAUCCAUUGUAUACAUAUUACUUUUUGACUUAUUUUGCAUGACGCUUCUGUUGUGUGCAACUCGUCCAGUAGAAAAGCAUUAAUUUUAUGGUAUGAUUAAUAUUAAUACUAUUUUAGAUUUAUGGAAAUGUAUAUAUAGAAAAUUAUAUAUAUUUACAUGAUUGUUAUAUUAGAGUUAUUUAAAGCAGUGCUAUUGUAUUGAUAGCUCUUUGUCAUGUGAUAAGCACAAGUGACUAUUGAAUGAUUCAAAAUUAUGAUAGAAAGCUUUCUGAUUAUUUUGUCGCAUAGAUAAUGUUUAAUAAAUGAACAGGGCAGUUAUAGAUAUGUUAACUUUUUGCAAAUAGUAUUUAAUAAUAGUUACUAGGUGUGUAUAUAAAAAAUAUGUAUAUGUACAUAUGUAUACAUAUAUACAUUCAAUCUUAUAGUUUUUAAAAUAUAGGUAAACAAGACUGAUAAGUUCAUAUUAUUAUUAUUUUAUUAAUUCAUUAAUCGCAUGUACAGAUUUUAUAAAAAAAAAUUUUUUUGGUGCACCCUUUUUAAAUUUUAUAUGUAUAUUACACAGUCUUCGAUCUUAAUUAUAUUUGCUAAGCAAUGUUUCUGGUUGCUGAUUUUGUUAUUAUAGAAGUUACCAAUGACUAUGGCUAUGGGCGCACUGCAUUUUAUAUACUCACUAUUCUGACUAUAUCAUAGUAAAUAUCUGUUGAAAUCUUGUGAUAUAAUGAGAUGCACUUUAUGGCACCAAAAGUUGUAUGUUAGCUAGAAUGAUGUAGUGGUGAAAUUAAAUCACUUCAUAUGAUACUAUAUUUGUAAAGAAGCAUUUACUGUUAUAAAUAGAUAUAGCAAAACAAUUGGAUUUGGAUAAAUUAUAAAAAUAUAAAAGAAAAAAUAAGAGAAAAAUAGGAAAAAUAAAAAAAAUAUUACAAAUUAUGGAUGAAUAUUUUUUUCUUACUUAAAUUUUGUUUAUUUGGUAAAAAUAAAAAAAAAUAAAGACAGAAAAAUCAAAAAUAACCCAUGAAGAAUAUCUAUGGUUUAAUUCUAUUUUAACUGUAAAAUGUAAAUAUAUGAUAAAUAGGUAAUUUAUUCAUGUAUGUACAUGUAUGUGUGUGUGUCUGUUUUUGUAUACACACAUAGGUACGAUCAUACAUACAUACCACAUGUAGGGAUGAAAUUACUUAAAUGACAUUUUCUUUUUAAUAAAAAAAAUAUUCAUUACUUUUUGUUUUUCAACCAGUGGAACAAUUGGAAACUUUUUAAUAAAUUGGUUUACAUAUUGCAGUUUUUUAAUAAUCAGGUAGAUAUUAAAGAUUGGUUUGAAUAGUUUUUAAACUUUCAUAUUUUUUAAGAAAAAAAUUCUUUUAACAAAAAUUUAAUAAUUGUAUAAAUGAAAAUAUUUAUAAAAUUCAUUACUGCUUCAAGUAUACUAAUCAUGCUAUGGCCCAGUUAUAUAAACAUACAAAAGACUGAAAACAUAUUAGUGAAUAAUCAGAACAUUUCACAAAGAGCAAUUAAUAAAUGUAUGCUUUUAAAUGUUUUAUAUUUUAAGUUUUGAUUUAAUUAUGGCCAUUUCUGUUUUUGUUAUUUUUAUGUCUUUUAAUUAUAUGGUUAGGUUUAAUCACUCAUUCAAGUUGUACAAAAGUCCAGGUUUUUAAAUUAUGAACCUAGAGUUUGAAAUAUUAUUAGCAGUUGUAUUUUCAAUCAUCGAAUAAGCUUAAAUGUAAUAAUUCACCAAUACUUUUAUUGACCAAAAAUAUUUAUUUUAUUAUCUGAAAUUACUAUUAAAAAAUAAAAAAUUUUUUCUCCCCAAUUUCACCAUUAUUGAAUGAAAAUUAAAGUUUAACUAUAUAAUAAAUUUAAAUAAUAACCCUUUUUCACUGUUAUGCAUUGCCAUUUUUAUUGAUUCAAUGAAUUAAUAAAAAAUAACAGAUUAAUAUUUGUACACUUCAAUUCAAUUUCUAAAUGAUAUUCAUUGUCCAAAUUUGUCUUAUAUGUUCCACUACUGUUUGAAAAGUAAAUAUAUAUAUACUUCUUUAUAUCCUGUUAUUUUUUUAGAUUGAUGAAAACAUGCGGGAAUCUCAUAUGAUUCAAUUAUGUGUUAAACAUAUAUAUAUUUUUUUAUCUUUUGCUUUUUAGUAUUUUUUUCUUGUUUAUUUUGUGGAUAUUAUAUUUUUUAAUGCUCUGUAGGGAAAUUAGGCUAAGUUUAGAUUAGAUAUUGUAAAUAUUUUAUCGAGUAUGGUUACUUUAUUUAUUAAUAUGUAUGUGAAUAUUAUAAAGAUUAUUGUAAAUGCUUCUUCCAACAUUGAGUGCCGGCUAAAAACUGUUUUUUAUCUUAAAUAGUCUAGUUUUUUUGUAUUUAUGAUGUUAAGAAAUUUAAAUGAGAAUGAUUAUAGGUUAGAUGAAAUGUAUUCGCUAAAUUAGCAUUUAUAUUAGAAAUAAUAAACUUUAUAUAGCAUGGGCUUUUAACAAUUAGAGCUGGCAGGUUUUUUAAUAAACACUUCUAGAACUUUGAUACAUAUAUUAAGUACGCAUGAAAUUAAGAAAAAAUAAAUGAUAUUAAAGAAAAUAUAUUUUAUUUUCUUAAUAUAAGUGAUAACUACUCCCAUUACACAUUAGUAGUAAGUGCUAAGAACUAGGUAAUGAAAAGAAAGAACUGUCUUACUUUAUAAAUUUGGCUGUUAAUAUGAAUGAGCAUUAAUUUCUCUUCAAUCUUAAAAUUUUGACAACUUUAUUUUCAACUUUCAAAAAAAAAAAUUAUUUUUAGCUUUUAAUCUUUAUAAUGACUUAGGUUCUGUUUCAAAGACAGUUUUUUAUGUAUAAAAAUUUAAAACUAUGUAAGAAUGUUCUUCCUAUCAUUAACAAUAUUAGAGGUUAAUUCUACACAUGUAAAAUAGCAUUCAUUGUGCCUGUACUAUAAUUGCUAUUUUUUUUUAUUUUUUUAUAAAAGUGAUUGAUGUGCUAAGCAAUGUUAUCGUUUUUUUAUACAUCACUGAUGUUACUUUGUAGCAUAGUAUUAACUGAUAAACGAUUAUGAUAAAAGUUUUAUCUUAUGAAACAAGAAUUGUUUCAGUGUUUUAACCAACUAAAUGAAUAAAAGCAAUAUUAUAAAUACAUUCGUUUAUUUUCAGCUUAUCAAAAUAAAGUAUUGUAAAAUGGCUUACUAUUACUUGUUUUUAUAUAAUCUGAACUGUUUUCCAGUUUUUAACAUUGUUUGUAUUUUAUAGUUAGUUUUAAGCUAUAGUACAAAUAGAAAUAGAUACUACAGAAAAAUUUAGGAUUCCAUUGUAGAAUUAAUCACCAUUUUCAACCCAAAGUCAAUAUUUACCUGAAAACUGAUUGUAUAAUAAUAAUAAUAAUUACAAAAAUAAAGAUUAGGGUUUAAAAGAGAGACUUCAGAAAAAGUAUUGUUAACAUUAAUGACAGACAUGAGAUAGAUGGUAUUGAAAGGUGCACAUGACUGCUUUUUUUAGCUGAUAAUAUUUAAUAGAAAAUAUUAAAUUGAAUCACAUAAAUCCUUUAGUAAUAUUAUAAAAUAUAAUCUUGUCUAUAUUAUUUCUAAAAUGCCUUGUACAUUUAAAUAAAAUAUGUCUCCAUCUAAGGUUGUAAGCAAAGAAAAAAAAAUGGUGAUAUUAAAAAUGAUUUAAGGGAAUAUAAAUCAACUUCUGUGAAUUGCAAAAUCCCUUUUUUAAGAAAAAAGAACAACGUAAAUUUGCCUGUUUAAUGUAGCAGUCAUGAAUUUUUUAUUCAGAACUUGUAUUGAACCAAUGUAAUACUAAUUAAAGAGAAUCUUUAGCUA